UUCCACCUAAGAAUUGCCUCUACCAAUCCCCCUAUAAAAACUGCACCUGUUGCCAAAAAGUUAAUCCAUUUCCUUCCCCGAGAAGCCUCAGCACCUCUGAUCUUCAAAGUUCAAAUGGCUCAGAAAGUGGUGCUCAAGGUGCUCACAAUGACUGAUGACAAGACAAAGCAGAAAGCCAUCGAAGCCGCAGCUGACAUACAUGGAGUGGACUCCAUAGCCGCAGAUCUGAAAGAUCAAAAACUUACUGUUAUAGGCCAAAUGGACGCAGUUGCAGUGGUGAAGAAGUUGAAGAAAGUGGCAAAAGUUGAUAUAAUAUCAGUCGGUCCAGCCAAGGAGGAGAAGAAAGAGGAGAAGAAAGAGGAAAAGAAAGAGGAGAAGAAGGAAGAGAAGAAAGAAGAGGAGAAGAAGGAGGAGAAGAAAGAAGAAAAGAAGGAAGAAAAGAAGGAAGAGAAGAAGUGAUCCAUUUCAUCAACCAAAUCCUCCACACUUCAAUGAAUUUGAUAGAUGAAAUAUGAGUUUGGGGCUUUGAGUAGAUUAUACGCAAGAAAUUUGUGACAGAAUCCUUGCUGUCUUACGUAUUUAAGACAAAUAAACAUUCAAAUAUUUUGCCUAUGUGUGCUGUAUCAAUCGCUUUCCAUUUUGAUGUCCAAAGCAAACAAAUGACCAAACCAUGAGAUGUUUCUACUGAAAGAAAUGGUUUUUCUUUACCAAA